AUGAAGUUGAACAAUGAAACGGUGAGCGUUGAGUUGAAGAACGGCACAGUUGUCCAUGGCACUAUCACUGGUGUUGAUAUGAGCAUGAACACGCAUUUGAAAACGGUGAAGAUGACUGUAAAGAAUCGUGAUCCCACCAGCUUGGAUUCGCUUAGCAUUCGAGGCAACAAUAUCCGAUGUGUGAUUUUGCCCGACAGCUUACCACUCGAUACAUUGUUGAUUGAUGAUACACCCAAAGCAAAGGCUAAAAAGAAGGAAGGACCAGCAGGACGAGGACGUGGUCGUGGUGGCCCUGUUCGAGGACGUGGUCGUGGUAGAGGAAGACGUUAA